AUGACUGUGAGAAUAAACAAUGAACAAGUUAAUAGAGAAAUAGAUACCAUACGUGGAAUAUACCGCAAGCAAACAUUUUGGAAGUACCAUAUAGUAAAGAUUUCCCCCCACGAGUUCUACAUGACUACAAAUCCAGAUUCCCGACAUUUGUAUAUUCGGCAUGCACCCAGUUAUUUUGUGAAACUGGAGAUCCCACAGGACGAUAGUAAACAGUCGCAAGUUGACAAAGGGUUCCGACUUGUGUUUCGACAAGUUGGUAAUGAAACAUAUAAACCCAUAGUCAUUGAGAAGCUCAAUAAGAAGGAUGGAGGUGGAUGGAAUGUUCAAUGCCAGUACAAUGAGCAUGUCAACGGUUUGAAAGUUGAUAAUAUAGAAGGACGAAACCUAAAGGAGAUGAUUGCUAAAUUUAGUGCUGUCAAUGAUACAAACUAUGGUGAAGACUUUACAAUGAUCAAGGGAUACCAAUUUGGAAAUGGAUUACACGUUUGUGGGUUGAGGGAACGCAGAAAGAACCUGUUUAGCAGGGGGAAGAUUGACGGUGUCAAACUUGCCAAGGCAAAUUCUGUUUACUUUAUCGACACUGUGUUAUUCAAGAGCAUGAAAUGGUAUGACCCGGUUAUUGCAGUGUUCAGGCCAUGUAAUAGGAAUAUGAAAAACAAGAUUGCGAAAUCGAUGCUGGGUAUGAAUUCGAUGAAAGCAAAGAAGUAUAAGCUAAAUGUCGAUUUUGGGAGGAUGAAUUUGAAGAAAGGUGACGGUCAUGGAGGUCGUGAAGAAGAAGAAGGUGAUGAUGAUGAUGAUGAUGGUGAUGAUGAAGACGAUGAUGAAGACGAUGAUGACUAUGCAGAUGAUGACGAAGUUGAUGAUGAAAUCAGUGGCACUGGUGGUGAUGGAGGCUAUGAAAAUAAGGAUCAAAAGAUAUAUGAGGCAAGGGAUGGUUUAAUUCAUAGACACCCCAAAGAUGACUCACCUAACGAUUACAAAGUUGGGUGGUUAACCAUUUACGAGAAAGGCAGAUAUUUUGAGAAGGUUGCCCAGGGUGGAAAUUGGCAAAUGGUCUUAGGACUGACAUUUGCGAUUGGGUUUGAGAAAAUGAUCGAUAAGUAUCUCAAGGAGCUAGAAGAAGUCGUUUAA